UAACACUCGGGUUUGUGCGUCUUAACCGGAGAUUGGAAAUUAAUAAUAUUGAAUCCUCAAAGUAGCCCACGUCCAGUUAGAGAAGCAGAAAGUCGAGGGGAAAAAAAGAAGACCUUGGAGAAAGGUGUGGUUGGUUGACACAGACGGGAAGGAGAUUUACUGAGAAGGAGAUUGAAAAGAGACCGAUAAAGAAGUGGGGAGAGUUGGAGAGAGGGUUACAGGCAAGGUAUGAAUUCUUAUUUCGCAAACCCGUCGCUCUCCUGCCAUUUAUCCGGUGGUCAAGAUGUUUUGCCUAACGUACCCCUAAACUCCACCACCUAUGACACAGUCAGACAUUUUUCGUCGUACGGUGCCGCUGUGACCCAGAAUCGGAUAUAUGCACCUUUCUACUCUCCUCAAGAUAAUGUCGUUUUUGGGUCUGGCAGGGCACAGUAUGAAUAUGGAUCAAACGUGUUUCUUCAAGACAAGGACGUGCUCCCCAGUUGCAGACAAACAAACAUGGGACUCAAUACACAAAGCCACAUUGCUCAAGAGUACAGUUUGGAUCAAGGAAGAGCAGCAGCGCAGGACCAGAAAAGCAACAUCCCGAUCUACCCGUGGAUGCAGCGAAUGAACUCACACAGCGGAGUGGGCUACGGGACAGACAGACGCAGGGGACGUCAAAUAUACUCUCGUUACCAAACACUUGAGCUGGAGAAGGAGUUUCAUUUCAACCGCUACCUGACCAGGCGCAGACGCAUCGAAAUCGCCAACGCGCUUUGUUUAACAGAGCGGCAGAUCAAAAUCUGGUUUCAGAACCGACGCAUGAAAUGGAAGAAAGAGAGCAACCUGACCUCCACGGUGACUGGAAGUGAACAGACAGGAGCCUCCACAGAGGAGGAACGCAGUGGCGCAAUGGAAGACGAGAAGGAUGAGGACAAGAAGAAAGAAUAGUUAAAAAAUAAAAGAAGAAGAGGGGGUAGAGAAACACCUGAUGACCAUUAAAAAACCCAACAUAACUACCUAAAAAAAUAUAUGGACUUGAGAGCGACUUCACUGCAUGAUGGCUACCCCGCAGCUUUCCCACUUAUAUCCCAUGUUGACCACAGGAGUGUUGAGCCUUAGAAAUCCAGAAUAUUUCAGCCACAGUAUGGCCUCCCUGUGACAUUUGGAUUUUUUUUUUCUAUUGCAAUGUCACACUUGUAUUGUGAAAAUAAAAAGAAGUAUUGAUUUUAUUCCCAAUGCCAGUAAAACUAUGUAUUUAUCCUCCCCCCACACUCCAUCCAUCACUGUGAACUCUUUGAUCACCUCACAAAUACAGUGUUGGUCAGACUUUACUCAAUGUUGUACAUGCACAUUCCACGGAAGGAAAGGAAAAGGACCGAGUGGACACUUUAUUUGAUCCCUGUAUAAUCCAGUACUUGAAUCGUCCGCAGACUGAAAGAAAAAAGUGUCCUGCAUAAACAUGAAAAUUGCACGGAUAUAGACUACAGACACACACAACACACACAACACAAAUGCCUGUAUAUAAUCAACAGUAUCCUAUGUAAAUCCUGUGAGGACUUAUGUGCAUUUAGCCGCUUUGAUAGACGCUGCAUUACAUAAAAAAUUGCGCUUAGCCCCCCUUUUUUAUUUUAUUUUGUUCAUUUGACACAAUAGGCUUUCCUUGUGAGAUAGAUUUGUACACUAGUAAUUCUUCACUUUUGUUUGGGAGUUACGAAUUCAUGUUUUGUCAUAAUUGUGUAUCAUGGAAUAAAAUAUUUGUAA